AUGACCGAGGCCGAGACAGAGGAGAAGGACUCGCAGGAGGACUAUGACAGGACGAUCGCGGGCGCGAAGGACAAGCGCACGACCGACUCCAAGACGCUGACGUCCAAGGCCGCCGAGAAGGCAGACUUGGAGAGCGACCUGCAGGCGGCCAAGGACGACAGCGCCAGCACCGCCAAGGCGCUCAUGGCAACGGACAAGUACCUCUCCCAACUCCAUGCCGAAUGCGAUUGGCUCACCCACACGGUGGCGGACUUCGAUGCAAGGAAGGAGGCGCGCAGUGGCGAGAUCGACGCGCUCGGAAAGGCCAAGGCUGUGCUGAGCGGCGCCGACUACUCGCUGCUGUAA